CUUCAACAUCUUCGAAGAUGAUGAACCAAAUGGGUAUGAUGAUGCAGCAGCAAGGGGUCGGAGUUCCCGGCGGUCCUGGUGGUGUUGGUGGUAUGCCAGUUCCUGGAGGUGUCGGCAUACCAUCGGGGAUGAUGCAAUCUCCCCAAAUGCAGCAAGCUCAACAACAGCAACAAGUUCAACAGCAGCAGCAGCAAGUCCAGCAACAGCAGGUUCAACAGCAGCAACAGCAGCAACAGCAAGCUCAACAGCAGCAACAACAGCACAGCCAAUCCGCCCAGCAGCAAGCACAACAAACGGAGAAGGUGGACAACAUUUCCAAGGUGAAGGUUUUGGUUGGUCCGCUUCGUGAUGCCCUUUCAACUACGAUCAAAACCGCUGCUCAGCUCAUUCAGCAAAACACACUGGCCGAUGCUGGAUCCAAAACUGUGGAUCUGAACAAUGCGCCCCGAUUCGAUAAGCAUUUGGAAGAGUUUUACUCGAUCUGUGAUCAAAUAGAGCUAAAUCUGAAAACGGCAAAGCUUUGCAUGCAGCAGUGUACCUCCUCGCAGCAGUAUCUACCUAUUCCGGUAGCCACGAGCCAGCCGCCGCUAGCGGAAACGAACGCACUAACCUACAACCAAUAUCUCGAGGUGGUGAAGCUACAGAUCGGUUACGCCAAGGACAUUCACGACACGCUCAUAUGUGCCGCUCAAAACAUUUCCCCCAGCGAAUGAUAGGCCAAUUCU